GCGCAAGACGCGAAUAUUAAUAAUUUAACAUUCAGAACGUGAGGUGCUCUUAUUGGUCAGAAAGAAAUAUGUAGUAACUUAACUAUUCUUAGCAUUCUAGUUAAAUAUUAUAAAACGUCAAUUCAUCAUGUAAAUAAUAAUUCAUAUCAAAAUUACUUUCACUUCAGAAGGCUGAGUUGUGUUGUUGCAGUGUGUUUUGGGAACGUUGGAUAAGUUCGUCUUCAAAAAAUUUAUUUUCUGGUCCCACAAGUGGAAUAGCAGAGCAUAGCAGCAAGUUGUUCCUUGGUUCAAAAUUGUACUUUAUAUAAUUAAAAGCGGAAGAAAUGGCACCUGCGAUAAUGUUGCUUGUAUAUUUAUUCUCUCUGUCAUAUGGACAGAAGAAUCAUUCUUCUUCAAAUACUCUGCUAAUCUUACAAUCUGGUACCUCUGCUGUAUCAUAUUCUGAAAGUAAAAUGUCUGUUAGAGUUGGUGUAAUUGGGAGUCAAACCUUUACUGGCCAUGUGUCACCUAGUAACAUGUUGCCUGUCUCUUCGUCAUAUGCUGGUCAACUUACAACUGUGAAACCAGGUCAAACUAGUGUUUUAAAUACAGAAAUUAACCAGAGAAAUAGUACUCAAACAGCUUUACCAACACUUCCUUCAAAGGUGCUUGUCACUUCUACUUUUUUGAAAUAUUCUGCUUUGAGCUCACAUAUUUCCAUCGAACCAUCUUUUGGGCAGACUCUGACGCAUUCUGAUACCUCUGGUCAAAUACCUCCCACAAUUUCGACGCAUCGUAUAAAGGCAACAAAACCACAAAAACAUUCAUCUAAUUUGUUUGUUAGAGCAACAUCAACAACAAUGUAUGCUUCAAAACAAUCAAUGACAGUGUCCUUUCAGCUAUUUAGCAACUUAACCAUUAGUUCUGAUUCAUACUUGGCAAGAUCGUCACCAUCUAGUAAUGUCGUUACGAAUCCAAACAUCUCCAUAUCAUCUCGUGCAUUCAUUACUUCUAUGGGUCCUGACCGUCCUGUUUCCUCGCUGUCUAUUACGAAGCUAAAUCCAACCUUAUCUAAAGCGUUAUCUCAAACGUUCGUGAAAAACACUGCCCUUUCUUCCCUAUCUCACGUUCAAAAAUCCAUGCAACCAUCUACGCAUUUGAUGAUGAAUUCUUCAUCAACUAUGUUGUAUACGCCAGUUAAACCAAGUACCACAAGAGGGAAUAUAAUAUCAAGAAAUAUAAGUUAUCAUUAUAAAGAGAAUGCAUCCACUGCUGUUUGUCACAAUACAUCCAAAGUCAAUUCUGUGCUGGGUUCAACAAGUGUUGCCGUGAAUUCUGCAUCUUCCAAACUGGCUCAAACUAGUUCCUCAAUGACAAUGUUCACCCUCCAACCUUCCUCACCCCAACGAAAAGCAAAUAAGACCGUCAUUACUUCUUUCCCACCCACGUCUAAAACGUCCAAGACCAAGUCUGAAGUAAAGUUUUCUCUCAGUCAGUCCUCAAACCCAAUGGCAAUGAAUGCAACAGUAUCUAAAUCUAAUAUUCAGAAAUCCAUUCCAAUGCCGUUUUUCACGAUAAAUUCUUCUUCAACUAUGGUUACGCCGUAUAAAAAAAAUGAAUCCGUUGUAAUACCUCACCAUACAUCAGCUCCAAGCUCUGAGAAGUCACACACACCUCUGAUUGUGGGGUUGGCGGUUGGUCUAUCUCUUGGUGUUGUUCUGGUCAUUGUGAUUAUUGUUUGUUACAGACGUAAACGAUCAUCAUAUCAAUAUAAUGUCUUUUAUGAUGAACAAAACAUUGUAAUGCAUCCAUUUGAUUAUUCUAAAUAAGCAUCGAUUGUUAUGAGUUCAGUUAAUAGUAUUCAUUAGGCAUAACGAGGGGGGCCUGAACAUCAUGAACAUCAUGAGAACCUAGAGGAUGGAAUUUUAGAAAACUCUGCAUUCAUUUAACCUUGACACAAAGAGGAAGCUUAAACGUAUAACUUUACACACUUUUGCACAGUAAAAAAGAUUUUUAAAAAUAUUUUCAGCAAAUUUUAAUGCGAAGAGCGGGCAUCACAAUUAUAACAUAGAUAGGAAAUGGCUUCUUUGGAUUCCCCCGUGGUUGAGGCCCCCCUACAUAAUCAAAGGUUAAUGCGCGAUUUUCAUCAAAGUGAUGUUCAAAUUACUUAAUUUAAUUUGCGAUAAUUUAUAUUCAGUUAGUGAACAAGGAUAUAUUCUUCGGCUUGUAAGUGUUCUUGAUGAACGGUAUUAUAAAGAUCAAAUUCCUUAAUUUGAUAAUAAUUAGUUGAGCUGACUCAAUUAUAGAAUUUAGUCAUAAUUGCUUUUCCGUCGUUACAUGAGGCGACAGAGGCGUGACUUUAUUGACGUGACUUGUGACUUGUGAUUACUGAUAAUCAGGCAUUCUCGUUCCCAAGCUCCGAGAACGUCGUUGUGGCGUUAUUAAUAAAUAGUGAUAUUCACGAUACCAAGUGUAGCUAGUCUGACUGUAUGCAUAAUGAAGAGUAAAUUUACAUCAUUGUAAUUAAAGCAGAAUAAUAGACGAACAAGCUUUUCUCUCAUAAUGCAUAAAAAGCAA